AUGGCGCCGCCGCCCGUGCCGAACCUGCCAUCGGGCUACGUGUUCAGGCCCAAGGGCCGGGACCUCAUCGAGCACUACCUCGUCCCCAAGGCGCUCGGCGGCUACGUCGUCCCGGGCAUGGUGGCGGAGGGCGUCGACGUCUUCGCCACGACCCCCGACGCGCUCCCCUUCAGCCGCAACCACCGCAGGGACCACGGGGAGGUGUGGUGCUACUUCUUCGGCGCCCGUCCCGCCCCCGCCGCCCCGCGGGCCACGGUCCCGGCGCCCGGCGGCCGCUGGUUCCCCUACGGCGUCGAGAAGGCGUACGGCGUGGGCGAGGCGGUCGCCUUCCGACGCAGGUUCAGGUACAGCGCCAUCUGGCAGGGCGGCGGCGGCGGCAGCGGCACCGGGGUGUGGGUGUCGUCGCCGUGGCUCAUGACGGAGUUCCGGCUCAACAAGGGCGCCGCCGCCUUCCGCGGCGCGCGGCUGGGGCCCGAGGCGAACUUGGACUGCGUGGUCCGCAAGGUCUUCACCAAGCCCGCGGUCCCUCCGCCGUCUGCCCGCUCCAGCGACGACGAGAGCACGGGUUCCAACUACCCCAGCGCCAGCGCGGACGAGGAAGGUGGCUACUCCGGCGAGGAGCUGCCCACGAAGCGCGCUCGGUUCUGUUGA